GUUUUUGCUGUUAAAAUGUACGGCCACUAUUGGUGGAUAAUGCCAUUGUUUGUGGCCAUUUCAACAUCUGGUUGUGUGAAUGGAACCGUGAUGACAACGUCUCGCAUGUUUUUUGCAGCUAGUCAGCAAAAUCAGAUGCCAAAAAUCCUGUCCUUUCUUCACGUGACCCAUCUAACUCCCAUUCCUUCCGUUGUGUUCACGCCUGAGAACUGGGCGUCCUAUUCAUCAUGCACUUGUGAUUUGUCUGGCCUUGACGUUUAA